AUGGAGUUCGACCCGUACAGGUUCGUGUCCGGCGGCAAGACGGUGGACAUGACGGGGUCGGCGGGGAUCCGGAUGAUCCAGCUCGGCACGGGGCGUGCGGAGAAUCUGCCCCGGACUUGCCAUGCCAUGGGGACGACGCACAUCGCCCUGAUGGUGGCGCAGAUGGUGCAGGCGUUCGAGUGGAGCGGGCACCCGUCGCAGCCGCCACUGGACUUCAAGGACAAGAUGGAGUUCACGGUGGUGAUGGAUCGGCCGCUGCUCGCCGCGGUGAAGCCCCGAAACCUCUCGGACUUCAAGGUCUCCAACAUCCGCUCCAUCAUGGACAAGAGGCUGGCGGGCCACUACUCGGUGAAGGGCGCGCGCCGUGAUGAAGGUGGUGUUGCAGUGCACGGCGCAGCAGCCGUGGGACAGGCCACAACGCAUGGCCAUCGUCGAUGUGCUGGAGCGGCUGCAAGGGCUAUCAUCCGUGGCCUCAAGGAACCCGGUGUCUUUACCAAUGCAGUAACAUCAGUGAAAGCACAGUCGAAAAUAAAGUCAUCAAACAUGGGUCUCGAAAACGAGGCCAUCCAACUAAACGGAACAGCUGGUCAGUCCGCACUGGAAGUUGGUCACGAAAAGUUGCAGACAACCGUAAGAAAGAUCCUGGAAAUGGUUGACGCCUAG